UUCACUUAACUCCCUUCUCUUCCGCCAACCAAAAAAAAGGUUACAGCCUCACAUAUCUCUCUUUCACUUUUCAAAUCUCAAAAUUCCCUUUGUACCCUUUCAACAAUGGCUGUAACCUUCUCAAAUCUCCACACUGAAGCUGGUCUCAAAUCAGUUAAUGAACAUCUUUCUGGAAAAACUUAUAUUUCAGGAGAUCAGUUAACUAAGGAUGAUAUUAAGGUAUAUGGGGCAGUUUUGGAACAACCUAGUUCAGAUCUUUACCCCAAUGCUAGUAAAUGGUACCAAACUGUUUCUGCAAAACUUGCCUCAAGUUUUCCUGGGAAAGCUGUGGGUGUGAAAGUUGGAGGUGCUGCUCCUGCUGAAGCUGCUCCAGCUAAGCCUGCUGCUGAUGAUGAUGACGAUGAUGACAUUGAUCUCUUUGGAGAAGAGACAGAGGAGGAAAAGAAGGCAGCAGAAGCAAGAGAGGCCACUAAAGCAACUACCAAGAAGAAAGAGAGCGGAAAGUCAUCUGUUCUUAUGGAUGUUAAGCCUUGGGAUGAUGAAACCGACAUGAAGAAACUUGAGGAGGCUGUUCGCGGUGUUGAGAUGGAAGGGCUUUUCUGGGGAGCAUCCAAAUUGGUCCCAGUUGGCUACGGGAUUAAGAAAUUGCAGAUCAUGCUUACCAUCAUUGAUGACCUUGUCUCAGUGGAUACUCUCAUUGAGGAACGUCUAACAGAAGAGCCCAUCAACGAAUACGUGCAGAGCUGUGAUAUUGUUGCCUUCAACAAAAUUUAAGGUCAACACAUCAGGGAAUUUUCUUAUCCGUCUUGAGCCUUUUCAGGCUGUAAUUUUGCUAGUUUUUGAGUUGUGAUACUUUACUAUUUGUAUUUUUAUUCUCCAUCUUCCGUUCAAGUGCAUUUAGUCGUGAGAAUGGGUAUUUAACUGUCAAAGCAUACGGUGCUGAGAAUCAAGUUAAUCCAUUAUACCUUUUCUUUU